GCAGACACAGGCGCCACUUCUCAUAUGACACCUCAUCGUCAUUGGGUGCACCACUAUACCCCAUAUUGUGUGCCAAUCAAGCUGGCUGAUCACACUGUUGUCUAUUUAGCUGGUGUUGGUACUAUGGUGUUUAAUCCUGUGAUGAAUGGCAAAGUGGCUAGGGCUGUGGAAUUCUCUAGAGUGCUCCACGUACCAGAUCUUCAAAACAAUAUCCUCUUAGUCUUGUAUUUACCUUGUCAAGUGGUUUCAAUGUCACCAUUUCGUCUCAUUCCAUGUCUUUUACAAUUUCAAGAAAAUUUGUACGUGCUGUCAGGAAGUCAUCUUACUGUCGAGAGCGAUUGCAGGAAAUUAUAA